AUGGACGUCACCUUCAAGGUCAGGAUGCCCAACAAGGAGCAACUCCAUACCGCCUACUGUGCCUACUUUUGCAACUGCCCCAAGAUGCGCCCACACAUGGAUCUCAAGGCACACACAUUCAACUUUUCUUGCAUGCCAGAGGACAUCCUCAACAAAUCAAAGCAAUUUGUGAUGCUCAUCUGCAAAUCCAGAUCACAGGCAUCAUGCACCACCAUUGAGGGCAUGCUGAAUCACACACUCAAUCACAAGUGCAUCAUUGAGGUGGUCACCAACUGUCUGUGUGAGGCCAAAGAAUUCAAAGCCAAGGCCAGAUCUGACCUGGAAUCUACCAGGUCAGAUCCCAGCAACGCCAUCAUAGCACUCAACAAUAUUCUGGCCAGCAAUUAA